GUUUGGACCCAUGGCCGGCAGGGGCUGUCUGCACACACAACAUCUUGCUGCUGACUGCAGCAGCCAGCAUCCAUGUGUCUUUGCAUCACCUCUAACAACACUCAAAGACAAGCAACAUAACAGGGAUAUAACUGGUCGUGUUGCUCAUUAUCUCUAACUGUUCCUCAGCUAGCAAAGGACAAUCAUGAGCAUGAAUGUUUUCUGCAGCUGUUCAAGCCGCCGUUUCCCAUUGGCUCGGCUACAGGAAGGUGUGGUCUGGAUGAACGAUGCUGAAUCCUUUGUUAAACUGUGCAGUUCAAUAAAAGGCACAUAGUGAUUGCAUAGGUGCAAUGAAUGUCCUUUAAAUUCAUCGUUAAAGUGCACUUCUUUAAGGGAUGCGUUUUCCUUUUCUUUUCUUUUUUUUUUUUUUUAUUCACACCUGUAGGAUGUAUUGAAGAAGUCCAGUCAACUCCAAGGAAUUCAAUGAACAAUGCAAUCGUGUCAAACUCGGAAACUUGGAUUGUACUCUGAUCAAACUGAUGUUUGGGAGGAAAAGGUGGAGCACAACUAACUCGAGCAAUUAAUGAUCGAGAUCUUGCCUGAUGAGAGGAAAACCCGCGAGAAGCGAGCGCUUCCUCUCAGCAUGACCGUGGGCACCGUGCGCUCCUCGCCGACUGCGUGAGCUGCUGUGGAGGACCCACACAGUAUGAGAAGACAUGGCAUGGUGUGACCGAGGGAUUCAGACUCUGCUGGCCAUCGUGGGCGCCUUCGCCGCCUUUAGCCUCAUGACUAUCGCCAUUGGCACCGACUACUGGCUUUACUCCCGGGCGUACAUCUGCAACACCACUAACGCCACCGCGGACGACUCCCAGGUGCAAACCAAGAAAGUCAGAGGCGACCUGACGCACUCGGGGCUUUGGAGGAUCUGCUGUAUCGAAGGUAUCAACAAAGGAAGCUGUUUUCGGAUCAAUCAUUUUCCAGAUGAUAACGACUACGAUACAGACAGCUCAGAGUACAUCUUACGUAUAGUGCGUGCAUCAAGCCUGUUCCCUAUUCUCAGCACCGCUCUGCUGAUGUUGGGUGGCCUGUGUGUCGGAGUUGGACGCAUCUACAACAACAAGAACAACAUCCUGCUCACUGCUGGCAUCCUGUUUGUGGCUGCAGGCCUGAGCAACAUCAUUGGCAUCAUCGUCUACAUCUCCAGCAACGCCGGAGAUCCCAGUGACAAGAAAGACGAGGACAAGAAGAACCUCUACAACUACGGCUGGUCCUUUUACUUCGGCGCCCUCUCCUUCAUCGUGGCUGAAUCAGUGGGGGUUCUUGCAGUCAACAUAUAUAUUGAGAAAAACAAAGAGACGCGCUUCCGAGCCCGACGUGACUUCAUCAAAACCACCUCAUCUUCUUCUCCAUACUCUCGCAUCCCAAGUUACCGCUACCGGCGAAGGCGCUCGCGCUCCAGUUCAAGUGACCCAUCCCGUGAGCCCUCCCCCGUCGGGAUGAAGAUCGGUGGAGGAAGUGGGGGAGGAGGAUUAGGGAUGGGUUUACCAAUGGGGGAUAUAUCUCUGUAUGCCCUUAGUAGGAACCCUCUGAAGGGCGGAGGUGCGACUGCUGGGCCCUACAGUCCAGAGAGGGAUUCUGGGUUUUUACAAGUCCACAACUGCUUUCAGAAAGAUCUGAAAGAUGGAGUGAACAGGAGGACCACACCAGUAUGA